AUGAGCAUCACUGUCGAAGCAGCUGCCUGGGCUGUCUGCGGCAUUGAACGGCACCCGAUGACGAUGACGGACCAAGCAGAUCACGCAGACCACGCAGACCACCGGGUGGAGCGGCGCUUGCUGACGGAGGCGUAUGAGCGGCUGCGGUCGGCGGUCGACGGUCUCGGUGAAGCCACGCUGCCGAGGGCCGACCGCAUCGAGGACGCGCUGGCGGCUUUACCACGGGCAGGCCAGGCGGACUAUCUACAGCCGCGGGGGGCGCGUGCAGCACUGGAGCACAUUGUCGACACGGUGGUGCCGGCACUCAAUGGGCAGAACCGGAGCGGACGGUACUUUGGCUUCGUGACGGGCAGCACGCUGCCGGUGGCCGAGGCGGCCGACAACGUGGUCUCAGCACUGGAUCAGAACGUGGCCGUGCAUCUGGCAGACGAGACGGUGGCGACAGCGGUCGAGGACGCGGCCCUACGGAUGCUGCUGGACGUGUUGGAGCUGGGGCCAGCGAGCGAGGGCGAGUCCGCAACCUCGACCACUCCCUGGACCGGCCGCACCUUUACAACCGGCGCCACGGCCAGCAAUGUUCUCGCGCUCGCUCUUGGCCGCGAGGCCGUCGUCAAUGCCCGGCUGAAGACACCCGACAGCGUGGCCACGCUCGGACUGCUGGCGGCCUGCCGCAAGGCCGACCUGUCCGAUGUCCGGAUCCUCACCAGCAUGGCCCACAGCUCGCUCUACAAGGCCGCCAGCAUCGUUGGGCUCGGCCGUGCCGCUGUCGUCGACAUGCCCGCCAGCGCGGCCGAGCCGUGGCGACUCGAUGUGGCUGCCGUUGAACGCGCGCUCGUGGCUGCCCGUGCGGCUGGCGAUCACGUCGUCCACAUCAUCGCCGUCAGUGCCGGCGAGGUCAAUACGGGCCGCUUCGCUACCGCCGGGAAGGGGGACAUGCAGCGGCUGCGCAUGCUCGUCGACACAUACGGUGCCUGGCUUCACGUCGACGGCGCCUUCGGCCUGUUUGCGCGCGCGCUGCCGCACACCGACGAGUUUGCCCGGCUGCGCGAACACGCCGACGGCCUCGAGCUCGCCGACAGCAUCACGGCCGACGGUCACAAGGUGCUUAACGUGCCGUACGAUGCCGGCAUCUUCUUUUCCCGUCACGGCUCCCUGCAGGCUGAGGUGUUCCAGAAUGCCAACGCGGCCUAUCUGACAGCAGCACCGGCAGCACCAACUUCCACAGCCGCCACCGCCAUCGCGAGCCCGCUCAACAUGGGCAUUGAGAGCUCGCGUCGGUUCCGCGCCCUACCCAUCUAUGCCGUGCUUCUGAGCGAAGGCCGCGACGGUCUCGCUGCCAUGAUGGUCCGCAUGGUGCGACUCGCCCGUGCCAUCCACCGCUUUCUUGCUGACUCGCUCGUGUACGAGUGUCUCCCGGACCACGAGCUGGCCGAAGAGCGGCAGACGAACACGCACAUUGGUGUGCUCUUCCGCGCCAAAGACGAGGCCGUCAACAGGGACCUGGCCGCACGCAUCAACGCCACGCGGCAGAUGUAUGUCAGCCCCACGAGCUGGCAGGGCCGGCCGGCCUGUCGGGUGGCUGUCAGCAGCUGGAGGGUCGACGUCGACCGGGAUCUUGCCGUGGCCCAGGAGGUGUUGUCUCGUGUUGUCUCGUAG